CCGGAUGACACCGGAAGUUUCGACGUGUUCAUUUUCGCGACAGUUCAGGAAGCGUCAAUAAACAGCUACAUAAACGAGCAAGAGUUGGGGCUUUCUCCUGUUAAGGAGUGCAGCAUAAACAGCACCAUGUUGCCGACCACCUCACCGAACAGCAACGGCGCCCUCGGUUCCGCAGACAACGCGCGCCACACGGCGGGCUUCAAGCGCUACAAGUACCUGAGACGGCUGCUCCAUUUGGGACAGAUGGACUUUGACUUUGCCGUGUGGCAAAUGCUUUACUUGUUCACGUCCCCGCAGAGAGUCUACCGCAACUUCCACUACAGGAAACAGACCAAGGACCAGUGGGCCAGGGACGACCCGGCUUUCCUGGUCCUGCUCGGCAUCUGGCUCUGCGUGUCGACAAUAGGAUUUGGCCUGGUGCUGGACAUGGGGGUCCUGGAGACUCUGAAGCUGCUGCUGUGGGUGGUCUUUGUUGACUGCAUAGGAGUCGGGCUUCUCAUAUCAACCCUCAUGUGGGUUAUCAGCAACAAGUACCUCUUGAAACAACCCAGCAGAAACUUUGAUGUGGAGUGGGGCUACGCGUUUGAUGUUCACCUUAAUGCCUUCUACCCUCUUCUAGUCGUCCUGCAUUUUCUGCAGCUCUUCUUCAUUAACCACAUCGUAGUAAUAAACUCUGACUGGUUCGUGGGAUACUUUGUUGGGAACACUCUGUGGCUGAUCGCCAUUGGAUAUUAUCUCUACAUCACAUUCUUAGGAUACAACGCUCUACCUUUCCUGAAGAACACGGUGGUGCUGCUCUACCCGUUCGCUCUGCUCGGACUCGUUUAUGUCCUCUCCGUCUCGCUGGGCUGGAACUUCACUCAGGGCCUCUGCUGGUUUUACAAGUACAGAGUCCAGUAGGACCGCCUUGUCUCCGAGGUUGGACACUACUCGGCUCCCAGGCCUGACUCAAUACUGCAAUCCAACUCGUAUCUGGGUGUCAAUAAUUGAUUUCCAGCUCCCCCCCCCCCUCCCAUCAACAUCUGGAUGUGAAGGACGCUGGUGGACACCGCGUGAGCUGGGACGCCGAGCUGGUCGACUGCUGCUCGUCUCUCGAAUGGACUCUGCUCAUUUUCUGUUUGGCUCUCAUGUUGAGCUCCAAAGUCAGUGAACAGUGAUGUGUUUGGACUGUAGUUGCAGAAACAGGAGAUACAGCUUUUAUUGGUGUUCUUUUUUGUAUGAUUUGUAAAUAUUCCGGCAGGUUGUAAUAUAUCCACAGACGAUUGUUUCUGAAGGGUAAACAUUGGCUUUGUUUUCUUUGAGUAUAACCCUGUUAAUUGAAUAGAAAACAGGAGGAGGAACAUGGGAUGGACACUUUUUUCCCCCUUUGUUUUUUCUUAAAGUGUACAUUCCAAAGCACUUCCAAUAAAAGGUUUUA